GUUUGCUGCAAACUAUCAUGAUAAAGGACCAAAAUAUACAGCAAACUUGGGUAUUUUGUUUAUUCUAAACGUUAGUAAUCUGGAUAAAUAAUUCCAAUUUGUUGAUUAUGGUAUACAACUAGUAUUAUAAAACAAAAAAUCGGGAAAAUGGAAGGGAAGAGACAAGUGGCAGCAAAUUACGGAUGCACAGAACUCAGUAAGUAUAAUAGUACCAAACACGCCCCUUUCCCAUUUCCACUUUUUUCAUUUUAACUAGACUUUUUUUAAAAAACAAAAAAAUUUGAACUUUCAAAUAAACUCUGAAACCAUUUCCCAUUACCUCUUUUCUCCGUCGUCUGGUUCGUUCUUCUCCUCCAUCUCUCUUCCUCUUUCUCUUAAUUUCUUCUUCUUCUAUACCUUCUCUUGUCUUAGAUCCCAGAGAAUCGUCUGCAUUUUUCUCAGGAGUUAUGAUUCCUCAGAAUAUCUUCCUCUGAUUUUCUCUAACCCAGUAAAUUUCCCGAUCUAGAUUCACCUCUCCGUGCUUUUUUCCCCCCUCAAAGCUCCGUCAAAUGUUUUCCCCGGAGGUGAACAGUGAGUGAAAGAUGAACAGAUUUCGACUCAGCGACCUGAGUUCUCGAGAUCGAUUACCUUCUUCUCAAGUGCCCACUUCUCAUCAAGGAAAGAAACAGAAGAGUCAGAAACUCAAAUCUUCAAGGUCUUCUUCUGAAUUCAACUCUUGUCUUUCUGAAGCUUUGAGUGAAAACAAGCAAGAUUUUCAUACUGGGGUACCGAUGAAAAGUUUGUUGGCACAAGAAAUGUCAAAGCACAAGGAAUCUAAAAAGAGAUCACCAAGCAUUAUAGCCAGAUUGAUGGGUCUCGAUGUUUUGCCUUCUCAGAGCUCUCCCCAUAGGCAACAAAAGUCUAUGGAGAGUCAGCAAGGCAGGAGUGGUGGAGGCAGUUCUUAUGAUGGUAAUAAAUCUCUUGGAUGGCGCUCUAAGGGUGAGCAAAAGUUUAAAGAUGUUUUCGAAGUUUUGGAUGCAAAGAUGGCAGAGAGCAAUCGAAACUUAUAUCAUCAGGGGAGGGUCAAUGCUAAUCUAACACAGGCCGAGAUGGCAUUCAUAAGGCACAAGUUCAUGGAGGCUAAGCGGCUAUCAACAGAUGAUAAACUUCGUCAUUCUAAAGAGUUUAAUGAUGCGCUUGAGGCUCUAGACUCUAACAAAGACCUCUUACUGAAGUUUCUUCAGCACCCGGAUUCAUUAUUUACAAAACAUCUGCAUGAUCUUCAAAGCACACCUCACAAGCCACAGUACCGUCAAGCACCAUCCUUGAAGUCGCCAAACAGCCAGAGGCAUGUGGAUAGUGUGAAAACUCAGAAAGUUGAUAAGGACUUGUCGAGGAAGAGUCAUCGGUCGCCUCAUCGGCAUGGUGGUGGUGGUAGUGGUUGUCCUAGCCGUUCUCAUACUAGGCGUGCUUCUUAUGACACGAUUGACUUACCAAAUGAGGAGCUGAGAAAGAGGAGUGAGCUGCAGCCAACCAAGAUUGUUGUUCUGAAACCUAACCUCGGGGAGCCACGUUAUGCUGGUAGAAAUUUUGCAUCGCCAAGCUCGUCUUCCGAUGAGUUCAGAGCAGAUCGGAGGCUUCCAUGCACCACCAAUCAUGGCAGGCAGAAAAGUAAUGAAGAUGUCCGUCUUUCAAGACAGAAUUCAAGAGAUUCUGGAGAAAUGGCCAAAAUAAUGGCUAGGCAAAGGAAGGCGAGCUGUGGCAAUGGUAGUGCCAUGAGUUUUGAGACUUCAGGAUUUAGAGGAUAUGCAGGGGAUGAAAGCUCAUCAGGGAGUGACUCCGCAAGUGAAUCAGAGCUAGUGCCAGUAACUUCAGGAACAAGAACCGCCUUUAACCGUAGGAACUACCAUCGAUCUUUGCCUUCCAAGUCAACAACAUCAUCUGUGAGUAGGGAAGCCAAGAGGAGACUGUCAGAGAGAUGGAAGCUGACACACAAGUUUGAGCACGAGAUAGAAAUUAGUAGAAGCGGCACAUUAGCUGAAAUGCUUGCAACUUCAGAUAGGGAGGCAAGGCCAGCAAGUUUUAAUGGACUCAGUUUCGAAGAUGGGAUUAGUAAAAGAUUUGAGAACAACAUUCAUUGGUCUGAAUUGCCAGAGCCGGUUGGAAUCAGCAGUAGGGAUGGUUGGAAAGGAUACUGCUCGAGAAGUUUUUCAAAAUCCAAAACCAUCAUGAACCAGGAAAGCACUUGUGGUGGUUACACCAUAGUGUUGCCUAAGGGGUUGAUCAAUCGAGAUGGAUUAGUGCAGGGGAAUUCUUCUCAUCAUGGAGAGCCUUCCUUAUCAAGCAAAUCUAGACCCGGCAGUAACAAAUCUCAUUCAUCAUACAAUAGUUCGCCAGAGGUCAGCAUCACCCCAAGUUUAAGCAAGUUUGUUUAUAUGAACGAAGGGGUUCCAAAAGAAAAGCUCUCUCCUUUUCAAGCACGUAACAGUUUCUCAGGAGAUGCAAAUUCAGACACUGAGGAUAGUUCAGCUUCUGAUGAUAUCAAGACAGCAAUGUCUUCUGAGGCUCUAGAUUUGUCAACUGUCACCUCGGUAACUGACCCUGAUAUCUCAAGGAGGACAACUGAAGAUGUGAAUCAUUCUUUGGUUCCUGAGCCACAGUCUCAUGAAAGCUUAAAAGAAGGAGAUCAACCAAGUCCGGUUUCAGUUCUAGAAGCUUCUUUCGACGAUGAUGUUUCAUCUGGUUCUGAAUGCUUUGAGAGUGUUAGCGCGGAUCUCCAAGGACUCAGGAUGCAACUUCAACUCCUCAAACUCGAGUCAGCUACUUACAACGAAGGUGGCAUGCUCGUUUCGAGUGAUGAAGAAGACACAGAUCAAGAGGAGUCAUCCACAAUAACUGAUGAGGCGAUGAUUACCCAUGAGCUCGGAGAAGAAGACUGGAAGUCAUUAUACUUAGUUGAUCUCCUAGCCAACUCCAAUUUCAGUGGCUCAGACCACAGCAUUGUCAUGGCAACAACAACACCUGUAGAUCCAUCCUUGUUUGAGGAUCUCGAGAAGAAGUAUUCCAGCGUGAAAACCUCAACCCGGUUAGAAAGGAAACUCCUAUUUGACCAGAUCAGUAGAGAAGUACUCUAUAUGUUAAAGCAGUUUUCGGAUCCACACCCUUGGGUUAAAUCCACAAGGGUAUGCCCGAAAUGGGAUGCAAACAAGAUUCAAGAGACUCUUCAAGAAUUGGUCACAAGAAAAGAUGAGAAACCAAGCAAAGAUAAUGUGGAGGAGGAGUUGCAGUGGCUGAGCUUAGAAGAUGAUAUUGAAAUCAUAGGUAGAGAGAUUGAGGAAAUGCUGACAGAUGAACUCAUAGCAGAGCUUGUGGUAGGUGCAAUCUUCUAGAAAGUUAAAUAAUCUUUCUGUAACAUAGUUUUAAGGGGAAAAAUAAACAGGAUAAUGCAAUAUGUAAUGAGAACUUCAUCAUAAAGAAGCAUGUGUCCCUGUAAUGAUAGUUUCAUCAUAAAAGUAGGAAAGUCUCAACAUUUUACCAUUGAUCUGAUUCAAACAAAUGAGAGGAAGACAAUACAAAUA